AUAGCUUUCACGUGACGUCACAUCCGCGCGCUUGCUGCCGCGGCCGCCAUCUUUGCGAACCGCUUGUCGCUUGUCUGACGCGCGCGCGCUGCGAGGAUCCGUCGAGCAGUGGUUUUCUCUGUCGUGACAGGCUUUUUACUCGCACAUGCCAGCAUUUCCGACUGCACAGCCCUUUUGCGGGGGCUACUUCUCGCAGUUGAUUGGAUCUGCGCGUGUACGGUACAAAGAAAAGAUUGAACUGUGCGAGAACGUCGAUCCCUACACACUCCGUCUGGGAACGGACACAAGUGCCGACGCCAGCCUGUUGCCGAGUGUCGCUCACGGUGACAUCGUCACCUACUUGGUAUUCUCCACCAGCUUUGUGACUCUGGAGCAGAUGAAGGCCUACAAAGCGCUGGAGUCCCACAAUUAUUUCACGAGUGGUUGGGUCAAGAGUUUGUCAGCGAAGAGGCUCGGAGAAGACAAAGUGCUCCUACUUGGAGAGGUGAACCACUCUCAAAGGUUGGGAGAGUGCCCUCUAAAGGUGUGGGUGCUGUGCAAGCAGAGCGGCGCCGUAGUGACUGGACACUGUACCUGCAUGGCAGGGACUGGGGAGACAUGCUCACAUGUUGGUGCCUGCCUGUUCGCCAUUGAAACAGGUGCCCGGCUCAACCAGUCGACUACCUGCACUCAGAAGGAGAAUGCCUGGCUGCCGGCUUAUGUUGAGAAGGUGAAGUACAAAAGACUUAAAGACAUAGACUUCAGUUCCUCGAAAGAAAAGAAGCGUCGCCUCGAUGCAACAAGCAGUGGAUCAAAAGAAACCAAAGUGCCAAAGCAACGAAAAGGCAUUUCAGCCCCAUCACCGACUGAGCUCAAGGAGCUUUAUGCGGCAUUCAACACUACAGGUGUUGUACCUGCUAUAUUUUCCCUGCUGCCCGACUAUUGUGAACGCUUUCAAGAACCCGUUCAAAGAACAGUUGCUCACCUGAGAGACCUCUACUCAGAUACUCAUGCAGCAGAUGAUCUGGAAACUCUUGUCGCAAAAGCUGACACUUUUAUGUCAACAUUCAUCGUCAGUGAAGAAACCGUCAAGUCUGUGGAAGCUCGCACAAAAGACCAAAAAAAAAUCUUGAAAGAUGACGAGUUUUGCACCAGCAUGAUGGCUACUGCCAAAGAAUUCUUUGUGAAAGCUAUCCUACCCGAGCUGUUGAGCCACUAUUUUACUAGGCAACUCAAAUAUCCAGAUCAGACGGCCAGUGAGGAUGCGUACUGCUUCUGCCGAGGGCCAGAGACUGGCAAAAUGAUCGCCUGUGACAGCAGCUCCUACAAGCUGCUUUUUCCCUUUUGUUGUAUGCUGGGACUGGAGACGCGCACAAUAAAAUCCAACACUGUCCUCUAUGUUGAACCCCCUAUCUGCGAGGACAACAUCACCAGGAACCAAGUUGUCCAAUAA